AUGCGUUUUCGCACUCAGCUAACCCACGUUCCCACGUUCAGCAAGCUCACAGCAUCCCUCUCCUCACUGGGAAAAGUCUGUUGGAUGCGCCUAGAAGAUGGCGUCGUCCGCUUCACGAUCAUCCCCGACCAAGGGACCCAAGUCUGGGCCCAACUCCCAGUGGAAGCCAUCUUCGAGGAAUCCACCUACAUCCUCGAAUCCAACUCCGGCAUCAUCAACCUCGAAGUUCCCGUCGGCGCCCUGCACCGCGCCCUACGCUCCGCUGUAACAGCGACCACGUCACAGCUGCGCCUGACCAAAAAGGGCAACGUCCCGCUCCUAGCGCUCACAGUGCAUGCCUCCUCCUGGACAGCGGGAUCCAACGCGAUCGGAAUCUCCGCGAGCGCAGGAGACCCCGGGCCCGAAAGCGGGGGUUCUGGUCCCCGCGAGCGAGAAACCGUCAUCACGCAGGAAGUCCCUGUGAAAGUGCUGCACGAGACAGCCGUGGAGGGCUUGCACGAGCCGCGCUGUCGCGACCCGGACGUGCACAUCAUUCUGCCCAGUCUGUUCCAGCUGAAGAGCAUCUCCGAGCGCUUUACCAAGUUGGCGGCCGAUGCCCGUGCCUCGGCUGGAAGCAGCAACGUGGCGGCCUCGGCGGCAGCCUCGCCCAAGCUGGAGCUAUCGGCUAACAUGCACGGGUCACUGCGGCUGGGGAUCGGGACCGAUGCGCUGAGCAUCUCGAGCGUCUGGACGGAUUUGGUUAACCCACCGCUGGAUCCGGGACAGCUGUCGCCGGCGGAAAUUGAGCAGCUGCCUAGUGAGCGCAUGCGCGGGUUUGAUCCCGCUGACGAGGCUGGGUGGGCUAAGGUGCGGAUAGAUGGGAAGGACUGGGGGCGGGUUCUGAGCGUGGGGAGAUUGAGUCCGAAGGUGGUCGCUUGCUUCAUCCACGAGACAGCCCUCGUCCUCUACGUCUAUCUACCGGGGAGCUGGAACGGCGAGGAUUCAUGUCUGACGUACUAUAUAAACUCGUACGCCGCCUAG